AGUAGUAAACACGAGUUCGUGUGAGACGAAUGGUGUCGCGCUGUCGCGACGACAUACCCGGCACGUCCUGCACGUAGUAAAGGAACGCUGUCGCACGCGCGUGUGUAUAUGUGUAGAUGUGUGCGUGCGUGCACAUAUCCUUCUGAAGUCACCUGCGAUUGGCGCAAACCGGCAGUGGUGCAACUGCGAGAAGACGCGGUUUACCCUCGUGCUAUCGUCGAGCCGACACGUUUCACCAGUUGCGGCGAGACGUCGGUGACGCUUCGUCGAACGUCAUCGUCCUGCAGGAGAAAGAAGGUCCUACGAGCGUGCACGACGAGGUACAGGACUCGCUAGUUUGACGGAUAAGUCUCUCCUGCAAGCGACCAUAAGGUGACGAAAGUGGAAGCUGAAGCGGCCACGAGGAUAACAGCUGGCAGGAAGCUGAGAUUAGCGAGGUGUCACCACGCGUCACGCCGGUGUCGUGGGUCUAUGGGGGGCACCGCCUCAGCGGUCCCCCGGCUCAAGUCCAAACGGCAAUUGCCGGAACGGCAGUGCCAUCCUGGCACGAGCCAAGACUGCCCCGAUUCCGGUACCACCGUCCAAACGGAUGAAGAGCCCCUCCAACAUCAUGAGGCAGUCCAGCCUCACGAAACUUGGUUCCAUGAUCAAUACGGCUGUCAACAAACGUGCCGCUCGUCUACGUAUUAAGAGAAAAGCCGCUAUCGUCGAUUUAAAUCAAACUAUAGUUCAUUACAUGGCGCCCAGACGAAAGAACACAAAGAAUGAUUGCGAUGAUCGCUAUUAUUUCCGCAAUGGUGACAUACAGUGGUGUUUCUCGCAAGUCAAGGGAACUUUAGAAGACGAUGUUACAGAAGCUGAUAUAAUCUCGUGCGUUGAAUUUAACCAUGAUGGCGAUCUUCUUGCAACAGGGGAUAAGGGUGGACGUGUGGUCAUUUUUCAGAGAGACCCCAUUAGUAAAAACAGUAUACCACGAAGAGGCGAAUACAACGUGUAUAGUACCUUCCAGAGCCAUGAGCCUGAAUUUGAUUACCUAAAAUCAUUAGAGAUAGAAGAAAAAAUUAAUAAAAUUAGAUGGCUAAAAAGAAAAAAUCCUGCCCACUUUUUACUCUCCACGAACGAUAAAACAAUCAAGCUAUGGAAAGUUAGUGAGAGAGAUAAAAGAGUAGAGGGGUAUAAUACUAAGGAGGAAAAUGGCGCGAUCCGUGAUCCUGCCUGCAUCACUGCCUUGAGGGUGCCAACCAUAAAACCAAUGGAGUUGAUGGUGGAGGCAUCACCAAGGAGAAUAUUUGCCAAUGCGCACACCUAUCAUAUAAACAGUAUAAGUGUCAACAGUGAUCAAGAGACAUACCUCAGUGCUGAUGAUCUUAGAAUUAAUCUUUGGCACCUUGAGAUAACUGACCAGAGUUUUAAUAUAGUAGACAUUAAACCAACUAAUAUGGAAGAAUUAACGGAAGUUAUAACUGCAGCGGAAUUUCAUCCUGCAGAAUGUAAUGUGUUGGUAUACAGUAGUAGCAAGGGAACUAUUAGACUUUGCGAUAUGAGAUCUGCUGCUCUUUGCGAUCAGCAUAGCAAACUCUUCGAGGAGCCGGAAGAUCCAACUAAUAGAAGUUUUUUCUCCGAAAUUAUUUCAAGCAUAAGUGAUGUAAAACUCAGUAAUUCUGGAAGAUACAUGAUUAGUAGAGACUACCUCAGUGUGAAAGUGUGGGAUUUACAAAUGGAGACGAAACCGAUCGAAUGCUACCCUGUUCAUGAAUACUUAAGAUCAAAAUUAUGUUCAUUAUACGAAAACGACUGCAUCUUCGACAAGUUUGAAUGUUGUUGGAGUGGUAAUGACUCGGCUAUCAUGACGGGCUCGUAUAACAAUUUCUUUAGAGUAUUCGAUCGUACGACCAAACGCGAUCUUACUUUAGAGGCAGCACGCGACAUUGCCAAACCAAAAACACUCCUCAAACCGAGAAAGGUGUGCACUGGUGGUAAGCGCAAGAAGGAUGAGAUUAGCGUUGACUGUUUGGACUUCAAUAAAAAAAUACUUCACACCGCAUGGCAUCCAUCUGAAAAUGUGGUGGCUGUCGCUGCUACGAAUAAUCUCUUCCUAUUCCAAGACAAACUCUAGCACAUCUGUAUGCAAAUUAUACAACGGUACAUAUUGACGUGAGCUAGGCACGUUGAACUGAAAACUCCCAAUGCAACCACGGGUGUCCGAAUACUGACGAUAGUUGACUGCUAGUCUGUCAGUGGUUGACUGACCGAGGAGUGGUGUACGUAGCGCCGUCCACGCAGCUCACAUUCAUACAUGCUAUAUACACAUAAACAUACAGGAUUGCACCUCAUACUUUGUCGCGCACAUAUUGUGCAUAUUAAAAAAAAAAGGGAUGCAAACACGGAAUAUACGCAUAACUCUCCAGGCUAUUGAGUUCGCUAGCUCAAAUAUAUUUGCAAAUGAAAGAGACGUACGCAUUUGGCAGAAUAUGUGAUUCACCUAAUUCGCAGACUCGUGUUGGCAGUUAAUAUGAUUUAUAAAUACUAAUACUUAGUAAUUUUUGCUUGUAUUAUAGAGAAAGAAAUUGUGCCAUUAUACGGUGCAGUCUAUACGUGAUCACUAUAGACCACAAAGUGUUUGAUUAUCGCAUUGGUGAGGCGGACAGCGAUGUGAAUAGGGCAAGGAUGAAUUACAAAUUACUUACUGGCUCGUUUAAUGUAUAAUCAGUAUGAAUAUGUGGUAUCUUGAGUUUUUCUUAAUUAAAUGCCUAACUAGCGUGAGAAAAACAAAAGAUCGUGCCAACGAGAUUAUCUGUAAUUAUUAUAUUAUAAUUUUAUAUUAUCACACGGCAUUUCCCAGUUAACUAUAAACAAAAAAAGACAAUUGCAAAGGCAAAUUUUUCUUUGCUUUGCAAUUAUUAAUCGAUCUUAAAGUACGAGGAUACAAAGUAAUAAUAUUUACGAAUAUAGUUUUGGCUUGCAAAAUCGAAAUAAUGAUAGUCGCCAAUACAGUUACCAUUUUCAGCAAGAUCAAUUUUAUUAAUUUGUCUAAAUUAUCUACAGUUUAAUGUAACGACAUGUUAAAAACAUGUAUAUAGGCCUAUUUUCUUGUUUAUUACUCUUACAAAUCAAUCGUCUGUCUCAGUCGCCAAUACGAGUCACAAAUAAUGGAAAGUAAUCUUUCCUUCCAUUAUGUAUCUAAAAAAACUAAAUGUUGCUGCAUUAAAUGUAUCGAGCAAUAAGUGGCGCCGAUUUAAAACAAUGUAUAUCAAUUGUCAUUUUCUAAAAUUGCCCGAUCGGGAGUAAAUGGAAAUCGAAUAGAUAUGGAAUACAGAUUUUUUCUAAUCUUU